AGAGAUAAUAGAGUGUUGGCUCCGAAGCUGAUGAGCUGACUUUGGCCUUCAAGAGAAGUUAAUGCUUUUGCUGUCAACUUUUGACUAUUUGCCUUCCCUCUCUCUUCCUUCAGUCAGCGACCCUUCACACACUCUCUUGCUUUUUUUGCCCUAUUUAUACACCCUUCAUUUUGACUCUUUGCCUUAGAGCAAAAUUGCAAUUAGUAAGAGGAAAACCAAAAGAGAUAAAAGAAGAGAGGGAGAUAGAUAUUAUAGCUAGCUAGAUAGAGAUUAGAAGCUAUAUAAUAUACAUAAAAUUGUAUUAUAGUGAACUAAAAGAAAAGGGUACAAGGGAAGAUGGGAAGGCCACCAUGUUGUGAUAAAGAAGGUGUAAAGAAAGGACCUUGGACUCCUGAAGAAGACAUCAUUUUGGUGUCUUAUAUUCAGGAACAUGGUCCUAGCAAUUGGAAAGCUGUUCCUGCCAAUACUGGGUUGUCAAGGUGCAGUAAGAGUUGUAGACUUAGAUGGACUAAUUACCUGAGACCAGGAAUCAAAAGGGGUAACUUCACAGACCAAGAGGAGAAGAUGAUAAUCCAUCUUCAAGCACUUUUAGGGAACAGAUGGGCUGCAAUAGCUGCUUACCUACCACAAAGAACAGAUAAUGACAUAAAAAACUAUUGGAACACCUAUUUGAAAAAGAAGCUGAACAAAUUGGAAGCAGGUUCUGAUCAGGGACAUAAUAUUGGGGUUUCAGUUUCUCAGCCAAUGUCAAGAGGCCAGUGGGAAAGAAGGCUUCAAACAGAUAUCCGCAUGGCUAAAAGAGCACUUAUUGAAGCACUCUCAUCAAACAAGGCAUCAUCAUCAUCUACCUUGUUAUUAGCUGAAUCAAAUUCAAACCUCUCCAGUGAAAAUAGCAUCUUCUAUAAUAGUAACACUAAUAAACCCACAGCACAAUCUAUGUGCUAUGCUUCAAGUGCUGACAACAUAGCUCGUUUGUUGAAAGGGUGGAUGAAAAAUACACCAAAAUUAGCCUCAUGUGCUGCCUCAGCUGUGACUCAAAAUUCCUUUAACAACUUGGCUGGUGCUGACACUGCUUUUAGUGAAGGAAUUACAACAACAAAGGGAAGCACAAGCACUAGUACUGUUGAGUUGUCUGAGACUUUUGACUCCUUGUUUGGUUAUGAGUCUUUGGAUUAUUCUUCAAAUUCUGAGUUCUCACCAUCUCUUUCUCCCGAGGCUACUCCUUUCCAAGAUGAGAGCAAGCCAGAUAUAACUGCAGAUGGAAUAGACAUGCCUUUCUCUUUGCUUGAGAAAUGGCUUCUAGAUGAUGCUGCUUGUCAAGAGAAACUUGGCUUCUAGAUUAUUAGUUCAAUUUGAUAUGCUUUUUCUCAGUUAUAGGAGACUAAGUUGAAUCUCUGACUUUGGCCUUCAACCCCCUUUUGGUUUCUAGAAGUGUAUAUUCCAAUCCAAUGUUAACAUUAUUAUAUUAUAAUACUACUAUCCUAUAUUAAAUGCCUCACUGGGAAAGUUUGUUUCUCUUUAUGAUAAA